UGUUGCCACACGGGCUCUUUUUGCUGCAGGACUGUAACAUGGCUGCUUCCAUGCAGUGAAGCAGGAGCGCUGCAAUCUUGGGGCUUAACUCAUGCUUUUGCCUUUCUAGCAUCCUCCUGCACGGCUGGCUCAGCGCCUCUCGGCCUGCCGGGGUUUUGGGGGCAGAGCCGAAGGGCGUGAAGCCCCCUGCCUUUGGAGUGGAUCAUGUUUUCCAAGGCCUUCAGGGUGAAAUCCAACACUGCCAUCAAAGGGUCUGAUAGGAGGAAACUGCGGACUGAUGUUGCGGCAGCUUUUCCUGCCCUCAGCAGUGAACAGCUGUCAGAACUUGUUCCAAACAGAGAGGAACUCAACGUAGUCAAAUUGUAUGCUCACAAAGGGGAUGCUGUCACGGUCUAUGCCAACAACAGGAACCCAGUCCUUUUUGAAAUGGAGAAAACCUUCUAUCCAACAGUUUAUACUCUGUGGUCCUAUCCAGAUCUUCUUCCGGCAUUCUCAACAUGGCCCCCUGUGCUACAGAGACUAGCAGGAGGAGCAGAUCUAAUGCUGCCCGGAGUUAUGGUGCCAUCUUGUGGUCUUCCUCAGGUACAGCAGGGCACUCUCUGUGCCAUCACCCUGGUGGGAAACAGAGCCCCAGUAGCAGUAGGAGUCGCUACCAUGUCCACUGCAGAGAUGCUGGCUGCCGGAAUGAAGGGGAAGGGCUUCACUGUUCUGCAUGCUUAUACAGACCACUUAUGGGGAUUUGGAGACAAGUCUUACCCACCCAUAAUAGCUCCCUUGGUAGCAGAGCCUGCAGAGCUGGAAAACACUGAUGACGAUGACAAAGACGAGAAGGGACCGGAGCCUGACAACGACCUCUGCAUUGCCCCGUCGCUACAAAUGAACAUUGGCAAUUUGAGCCUGCAGGAGGGAGAUGGUUGUGCAAGGCUGAUGGAGGAGGAGAAACCCAGUGAGACUGGAGCUGUAGAAAUGGCUGAAGAUAUCGCCGAGUUGCAGCCGGAAACGGAAGAUGGCAGAACUCCACAAGAGCGAAUGGAUGAGUUACUGCAUCAAUGUUUUUUUCAUGCCUUAAAAUGUAAAGUGAAGAAGUCAGAGCUCCCUCUACUGACCAGCACCUUCCUGCGCAACCAUAUGUUCUCAUGCUGCCCAGAAGGACAACAAUUAGACAUAAAGAAAUCAAGCUACAAGAAGCUCUCCAAGUUCCUGCAGUACAUGCAGCAGCAGAAGAUUGUACAAGUGAAGGAGCUGAACAAAGGGGUGGAGAGUAUAGUGCAUAUAGACUGGAAACACGCCGACAUUAGGUCAUUUGUUAUCCCUGAAGUGUUCUCUGCUGUGUCAACUGCCCCAGAGAGUAAACGUGGAGCCGGAGAGCAGCUGUACCAUGCUCCUGAAAUCAUACCACUCUAUGGUGUCUCAGCCAAAAUGGCUCCACUUUUCCAAGAGUCGGGACACAAGAAAGGCAGCAUCCUCUCCAACAGCGAUGUGAGAAAUAUCAUCAUCAGCUAUGUAAAGACGAAUGAGUUGGUUGAUGAAACAAACAAGAACUUUGUAAAGGUGAAUCCAAUCUUGUGUGACUGCCUGUUGGAUAAAUGGGAGCAAGAGGAGAUCUUGAAGCUCAAAUGGGAUGAUCUCCUGAGCAGGUGUCUGGAACAACUGCAGCCUUACCACCAGGUGACAUUUUUUGGACAUGAACCCAUUGUGAGGAAAGGAAACCUUGAUCCCAUUGACAUAACCAUAGCACAGAGAUCAUCGAAUAAAAAGGUGACCAUUAUUAAGAAUCUUGAACUGUAUGGCCUAGACCCGCAAUUAGUUGCCAACACUCUCCAGCAAAGAGUACAGGCCAGCGCCACUAUUAAUACAUUACCUGGGGCAAAGGACAGAGUCCAGGUCCAGAUCCAAGGCAAUCAAAUCAACCAUCUUGCCAAGCUGCUGCUCGAGGAAUACCAGCUACAACGGAAAUAUAUUCAAGGGCUGGAGAAGGCUCCAAAGCUUAACCGGAAGAAGUAAAUAUGUCUAGUGUAAGAAGUAUUCAAAUGUCAUUAUUUAUAACCAGUUCUGCCUCUGGCUGAAGGGUGAAAUCCUGGCCUCAUUUCAGUUGAUAGGAGUUUUGCUGUUGACUUUCAUGUGACCAAGAUUUCAUCCAAAGAAUGUAAUUGCUUCAGCUGUUCAAAUUUUUUAAAAUAAAACUCUCAAAUGUCAUCUUGAACAUGCUGAAUUGGCAUGAUUACAUGUGCUUCUUUUUGGUUAAUGAAAGCAUUGUAACAACUAAACAAAGCCUAUUCCAGCACAUCAUGGCCUAGAAUUUAUACCUCUUGUAGUUUAAAAACAAGUUUUCAGUUGUCAAGAUCCCUUUGAAAUUAAUCUUUCCAGGGAUUACUGAUACCACACACUAGCUGUGAAAAAUAAACUAGGUUUUCCUGCCCCCUUCAUUGAGCUUUGACAGUGUAAUAAACCACAUUGGACCCCACUCCUGCAACUAAUUGCAGAAUCUGCUGUAAAUACAAAAGGGAAUUGUUUGUUUUAAGGCUCUGCUCUUGCAAUGAGCUUCAUACAGUCUUUGAUAAACUGCUGACUAACUUCAAUAAGGGAAAAGCUUUGUGUUUUAUAAACACUCAUGACCUAAAACUCAAUCACCUUUAAACACUGAACACCACAUGAGGGCACCAGACAACUUUAAAUGGAACAGACACAAUUCUUUAUCAUUGACUGUUUUAUUAUCUCUCUUACACUGUUUGCAUCUGAACCAAGUUUCAGAACUUUCAUAAAAGCUGAGUGACUUUUAAAAAUACCACAGAAUUAAGAGGGAGUAGUAAAAAUAAAUUACAGCAUUGCAAAAAUGCAUUUCACUGUGCCACAGAAGCUUUACUAUUCCAUUCUAUACAUAGUUUUUACAUGUUGUACUGCUGACAAAUUUCACACAUACACUAGGCAACACAAUACUAACCAAAGGCACUACCAGCAGUAUUUUGCGCAUCUGAAGGGAAGGGGGCCUUUGCUAAUGUCUAAAGCUUGUGCCUUUGGCACAGGGCACUUAACUGUGCUUUGCAUCAGAGUUUCAAGGUUUUUCUCUUUUAAAUGCCCCAUAGCCAACAAAAAUAGCCCUCCCUCUUUGCAGGAGGUUUUCAGCAGCAUUCACCAUAAUUGCAUAAGAAGCCAUGCCUUCUACAAAAGGUUAAAGACAUGCUAGGGGCUCAGAGUGUGGGAUGGUCAUGGGGGGGGGAAAAGAAUCAGUAAAAACACUCAAAACUUGUAGCUAGCAAGAUGAGAUGAAAUUAAAAACAAUGUGGAUCUUGCUUUUCAGAAGCAAUGACAUUUUACAGUGUGCUUCUUUCUGCUCAGUGCUUUCAAGGUCUGAAGCACUGUACAAAUAUUGACUAAGUGCUACUUACUGACCUCACAGUGUACUUGUGAAGUCAGGAAGUAUUCUCCUCAUUUUACAAGUGGGCAAACACCCACAAAGCUUGCGCUGCUACUUCAUGGUUGUUAAAGGUCACCUGGGAAAGGAAUACAGUACAGCAAGGUGCCUUUCCCUGCCCUGCAGUCCUACUAUCAACUCUGUCUAUGUUACUAGCUAAAAUAUAAGCUACCAGCUGUGACACAAAGUGGCAUCUCUAGACGGUGGUGGGCUUGCUAAGCGUUGCAGUCACUUUCUCCCAUUUAAAACAUGCUUAGAUAUAAAACUGGAAAAAACCAAAAACAAGCAUAUAGUCACCUUAGGUUGGGGGGAACUGACAAUUCCUUCCUCCUCCCCCCACAAAAUCAGCUUCUUCCCUACAGUACUUCAGAGAACAGGCAGAGGG